AUGUGUAGCGGGAAUGUACCCACUCUUGAAAACGUUUUGCAAGCAAUUGAUGCUCUCUACGUAAAUCCGGAAAAUUCUAUUAAAGAAAGUGCUUCUAAAUGGCUGUGCGAAUUUCAGAAAUCGGUUUAUGCAUGGGAGAUAGCUGACCAAUUACUCUACUUAAAGCGCGACUUAAGUUCUAGUUAUUUUGGAGCACAAACUAUACGUAUUAAGAUCCAAGUUUACUUUACAGAGCUCCCAACUGCUGCUCAUACUGCAUUGAAGGAUUCUUUGCUAAAUCAUGUUCAGAAACUCACUAAUGAGACUCAUAGUUCGAUAGCAAAUCAGCUUUGUCUUGCUGUUGCUGACCUGUUUUGUCAGAUGGUGCAGUGGAACGACGCUAUCUCUGACAUCGUAAAAACAUUGUCAACAUCGGAAGUUACUUCCACAUAUCUUAUUGAUGUUCUAAAAUUUGUCUCCGAAGAGAUGAAUUCAAAAACACUCCGACUCGGGUUAAAUCGAAGAUAUGUUCUCAUGGCACAUCUAGAGUCUCAAAAAGGUCUGGUACUUGAUUUUCUCUCGUACAAAAUGAAAAAUGCGACCCCACAGACGCUUGCACGGAUAUUUAACUGCCUUGCCAGUUGGUGGGACAACACUGGGAUUAUGAAGGAUACAGAUGUUCGUGUAUCACCACUUCUUGAAGGAGCAUUUUACGUGCUUCAGCACCCUGAAAAUUAUCCCGAAGCAGCUUACAAUGCGUCCAUGGAGUGGAUUUUGGCUUUACUCUACUGUUGCCCCACUGUGUCGGGCUACCAAGGUGAACUGUUAAAACUGUUGCAAACCAACAUAUACGGUCUUUAUAACGUCCUACAACGGUGUUCCCUCCAAGCCUCAAAAGUGGCUGGGAACAACAUGACCGAUUGUCUAGUUUAUGUGGACCGAGUAUCCUGCAUUGCUCAGAUUUUUGGCUCACUUGCGCGUACUGUACGCUCUGCAUUAGUGCGAAGCCCCACCCCACCCGGCUCUAGCGAACCGGGAGAUUUACGCACUUUGGAGUGUCUCCUCGCUGUGCUAGAAUCGCCACCUCCCGCUGGUUGUCGGGCCAAUGCUUUGCACACUUUUUACGCUCUCCAAUCCCUGGCAGAUGAUGCUGCACGGCAUCACAAUUGUCUUGGUCCAUCACCGGGUCGUCAGAACUCUUCGGCAUCUGCAGCAGGUGACAUAAUCUCCAACGCCUCUCGCCCGGUCACAGCCCUUCUCAUACCCUACUUCACUCGUGUUGUCGUCGCCCUAGCACGUUACUGCCCCAGCAAUACAGAAGACCUUGAGGCAGCUGAGGAUCUUCGUUCAUUUCGAGAAGAUGCUCACGGUCUGAUGCAGGAUAUUGUUGAUCUAGUUGGCGCUGAUACCAUCUUCACCGAAUUGUAUAACCAUAUCAAAAGCCUGCAAGAGAUGAACACAGUGGGGACAGCAAUCAACGUGUUCCGCGAGGCUGAGGCCUGUCUAUUCAUGCUGACAACUGUGGCGAAGCGCCUUUCGCCUCACGAUCCCGAGGGUCGCAUUGCCUCACUCAUCUCCACCCUCGUGCUGCCAGGUCUUGAUGCCACGCCACCAGCACCCUUACAAGAGGUCGGCUGCAUCCUCUACGCCGAACUUUCCCACUGGGUCGCCUGCCGCCCUGAAAUUCGUCGGCGGAUUGUCGAACAGCUCAUUCAAAUCGUUGAAAGAUCUGCUGGUGUGCCUGCUGCUCAGUUGCAGCCCGGUCAAAAACAAGCUGUAGGUGCGGCACUUUCAGCUCUGGGCCGACUUUGCACUGUUUAUCGAGUCCAUGCAGUUGUUACGUCCAACGCAACAUCUAAUGGUGGAGGAAUGGCAGCCGCAACACUGCUAGAAGAGCACUGGAAGGACAUAGUCGCUCGAGUGGUCUAUUUGCUUCCUCGAUUGGCGUGGGCACCGGUACAAGAGGUUAUCGACUUCUUCGAGGGUAUCUGUCGUGGCCUUAUGUGCUCCGUCGCCUACUCCCCUCAGGACACCUUCCCCACCGAUCCUCGACCCUCUCGUGCUAUCUUACCUGAACGUCUGGCACAAUUAGUCUCUGUCAGCGUCCAAUGCCUUUCUAAGUUGAUGGAGCAGAACCAGCCAGUAGAGUCUAUCGAUGCGUUGUCGGAUCCAUGUGUGUGGUUGGACUAUCUGGCGACCAUUUUCCGUUCGCUCCAAAACUUCCUUCCGCGCCUCGAUGACGCCUAUCGACGUAGUCGUCUCAACAGCACUUCCACCGACGAGGUGCAGCAACAACGUCAAGCCGAAGUGAACAGUCUAUCGGAUUCAGCUCAGGCCUGCUUGGACGGCUGUCUCAGAGUCGUCACGACCAUGGUGUGGCCAGUCAUUGGUCAGGUUCUUGAGCACUACAGCACUAAGGUGCGUCCCAUGGAGCGAUGCUGUCGUGUCAUCCGCUUUAUGGCUCGCUCCUUCUCCGUCAACCUCCGUGACAUCCUCCCAGAUAUUGCCAACAAGCUGGUGCAGUCUUUUCAACGAGGGAAUCAUUCGUGUUUUCUCUAUCUCGCCGGCGUUUUGGUUGACGUUUUCGGCGAGCUUCCCGACUGCCGACCGGGUCUCGUCGGUCUCUUUGAGGCUCUAGCUCCGCCCACACUUGCGUCCCUCUCCUGCAACCUGGUCGAACAGCCUCACACAAUUGAAGACCUCUACCGCCUGUGUGUGCGUCUGGUGCAGCGUUGUGCGGCCACGUUUCUCGCCAGUCCAAACGUGGACCUCUACGCCCUGCUGGACACAGCCCUGCAAUCCCUCGACGUCCUCACCCUCACUGCUGCCGGCUCCGGCCACACGGAUGUGGACAACGGUCAGGCAGUUGGCAACGGCGACUUGAAAGACACGUCCUCUGCCAGCACUGCAGCUGCACGGUUCCUUCUGGAGGCUCUUAUCUUCACCACUGAAGCCUCCGAGGACGCCCCGGCAACGGUUGCCGCUACCACCGACGCCUCCGCACUACCUCGUCCUACUUGCGAGAGUGCAUUGGGUGCGAGGCGACUGCUCUUCUGGCUCCUCCAACCGUCUGAAAGGUGCGGUGGUCAGCGGCUCACUACCUCCUGCAUUCAUAGCUGUUGUGUGGGCCUCUCGGAUGACCGAUUCCCCGAUAUGGCUGACCUCCUCUACCACUUGAAGAAUGUUAUGCCGAGGGAGGUCUUCGCUAGGUGGGUGGACUGCGCCUUGUCAAGUCUACCAGUAGUAAGGGCUGACGGUUUGGUGCAAGCAACGGAGGAACAAGUGGCUGACUUCAAGAAUGCCGUUAUGAACGCCUCGCGCACAAACGGGAUCGUUCACGCAUUGGACGCAUUUGUGGUACUUUUCCGCUGA